AUGGGCAUUUUUUUCUCUAGACUAGAAUGCCCAUUGGAAUUAAUGCCAGUAAAAUCCGAACAAACCACCGCUACAUUUUACUCAACAUCGCAGGCUCACCUUCGCCGACUUGCGCCAAAAUACGCCAACGUCAGCAAUUCGUUGGGCCAGUCAAUUGAUCCGCCAAUAAAUUUGGAAGAAGCGCCAGAAGCUCAACAAUGCCUAAAUGAAGCUUCAAGUCGAUAUAUGGCGAGUUUUUUGGAUUUUCGCGAAAACUACGGUCUCGCGCACGAAAAAAGCGACGUUCUGAUUUCGGCUGGUGCCCUUCAAUGCAUCGCAAAUUCGGUUUUUCAUCGAGAAAGGAAAUGGAGACUUCGCGCAUUUUUGGAGGUUGUCAAAGACCGAAGAGCAAUUAUUAUUACACGCGAUGACAUCAAUGGUGUUAAUUGCGGCCAAUUAAGAUCCGAUGCUGACGUCGAGAAGGAGAAGAUGAUAAGCCUUUUGUCGAGCGAUGAGACGAGGAAUUGCCGUUGGGUCUUGUCGCGAAUUCAAUUUCGCGGCAAAACCGCGUUUUUGAAUGUGUUCGGCGAAUUCGAUGCGAUUUCCGAUGAGGCGUUGAAUGUGGCGGUGCUCACGAAUAAUGGAAGAUCGUGCAAAUUCUCGUUGUCGACGACGAAUCAGGAUAAAAUCGAUGAGUGCUUCGUCGAGAACUGGAGCCGCUCGUUCCUUCUCGGCGUCCAUUCGAUUCUGUUGGGAAUCCGACGCGACGACGAUCAACCCAUCGAGUGCGUUCGCCGUCAGAAUCUCCACGAAUUCUGGCGAUUCUACAAUUCGCGAAACGAUCGCGCCGCCGAUUUGUCGAUCGCCUGCGUCGCUCAGGCGAUAUUCAGCAUUCGCGCGAUGUUCGACGAUCUCGGCUCGAGCAGAUAUAAUAUAAUUGCAUGUUUCACCGGCGAAAUGCGACUUCAUGUUGAAUAUUACGGCUAUAGCUUUUGGCUCAUCCGCGAAAAGUACUAUAUUGAAAAUUCGCAAAAAGAGCCGCCGAAAAAGAAUCUCCCCAUUAAAAAUCGCAUUUUUGUCAUGAAAAAAGCGCCGAUUUGCUAUUUUCUUAAAGAGGACACGAUGGACGUCGGGCUGGAAAUUGAAAUAUAA